AUGAAAUUAGUUAAUAUUUUUAUAAUGCUUGUUAUUUUUUUAAUAACAUUUUCUGUAUAUAAUAAAAUUUAUCCAAAUAAUAGUAAUACUAGUAGUAGUAGUAGUAGUAGCAGUAGUAAAUAUGAAGAUUUUCAAAUAAAUAAAGAAAUAAAAAACCAAGAUUAUUGUAGAAUUGAGUCAAUGGAUUUUUCAAAAUUAAAUGAAGAAUUAAUAAUAGAGAAUAGAGGUAUUGCUGAUAUUAUUGUUGGUGAUAAAGAUAUAGAAAACAUUAAUUAUAUUGGUUUAGAUUCAUUUAAAUGUUCAUUAGGAUUCAAUGGAAUUUAUUUGACACCAUCAAAUAUUUGGAAUGUCAUAAUUUUAGGUUUAAAUAAAUUGGUUAACCCAAUGAAAUACUCUUCAUUAAUUAAUGAAAAGGAUCAAACUUUAAUAUUACAAAAUUCAAUUUUUAAAAAUAAUAAUAAUAAUAAUAAUGAUCAAAUUGAAAAGAUUUUAAUUGAAGAAAUAUCAAAAAAAAUAAAUCCAACUUUCAAACAACUCUUAAUACCAAAAUUUGAAUCAUCAACAUUAAAAGAUGGAUUAAUAUUUUUAACAAAUGCAAUUGGAAAGAGGAAUGGUGUAUAUGAUUAUGGUAUGAUAGAUUGUAAGGUUCCUUCAUGUUAUGUUAAUGAAAGUUUGCCAAAGGAUAUUCAAAUUUUGGGUAAUAUAGAAGAUUAUGAAAAAAUGUUGAUUAAUAUUAAAUCGAUUUAUGAUCUUUUAUAUGAAGAUUUUAAUUUGGAUGAUACAUCAUUCAAACUUUUUGAAUGGUAUGGAAAGAAUACAUUCAUUAUAGAAUCUAUUAUCAAAUAUAUGCGUGAUAAGUCAUUUAAAAAUAUGGAUUUAUAUUAUUUUAUUAAUAAAUUCCAUUCAUCAAAUUCACUAAAUGGUUUUUUAAAUGAUGCAAGAGGUUUUUCAUAUAUUCCAAUUGAAAUUGUGAAUGGAACUGAUUUAGUGUAUCCAACAGGAACAAAAAUAAAUUUAUUUGCUGGUCAUUUUGCUUCAAAUAUCUUAUUACCAAAAUCUAUUCAUGGUGGUUUAGCAAUCGUGGAACCUACAAUCAAUUGGGUCAUUACAAAAUAUCGAAUGUUCAGUUCAAUAAUUUAA